AUGCUCUCUUUAGAAGACCAGAUACGCAGUCGACAAAGAUUCGCCCUUCAUCAUAAAGCUGCUAUUGAUUUUGACCGGGAGACUUAUGGCUAUGACAAUGACAACAAAUACUGGCACCAAUCGCGACUAUUCAUACAUAAUAUCUCCAGUCGUUACACCAUAUCCGACCUCCCAAUAGUCUUCUACGAAUAUGACAUGCAAGAACUAUGGUACAUGAUCAUCCAAGGUGCCAAAAUCACAGAUGCCAAACACCCCGCCCAAGACCGCCUAGCAGGCCAAAUCUUGCAUGCUAAAGAAAUGGGCGUUUUGCGUCGCAGGAAUAAAACUUCGGGGGUCGAAGAGGAGGCGUCAACCUCCCACGGAAAGAUUUGGAUCGAUUUACCCUUCCUUGUGCAGGAGUUUCAAACUGCGUGGAACGCAGCCGACGAGCUACCGGCGAAGCAGCGGCAUAACCUUAGCGCAUUCAUAGCCCGCCUCAGCGCCUGGGGCGUGUGUGGCUCCGAAUUGUGUGUUUGUGCUCUUUCCAUUUUCAGGGAUACGUUUGAGACGCGCAGGCCGUUGGCUGUGACCGACGACCAACAAGAUGAUGGCUUGGUGCCCAUUGCUGAUCUGCUACCAGCAGCGGUUGCCUGGUUUGAGCUAUGUGGUUACAAGAUCGAAAACCUUUGUCUCUUGGGUCACGGAUUUGAGUCCUCGACUCUUGGUGAGCUUGCUAGAGAAGCACAAGUUGUGCCGGAUACCGGUUUUAGCACUUCGAGAUGGCUCUUUUGGAGGCGACGUCUGGAGGAGAUCAGCCAUUGUGACCAUGCGGAGAUGGCUGCUUUGGCACAGUGGGGUGUGAGGGUCAUGCAGUGUUGGGGGAAUGGCAGACUCUCUAUAAUAAUUCUAAGACAAUCAUUUGGGGUCUGA